CUCGCGUUUUUGGACAGGUGCGCACGCAGCCGUCGCGUGUUAGAUGGAACCGGCGAUGGCACUGCGAAAGCCAGUGUCCGCCCGGCCAGCAACACGUCCACAUCUCCAGCAUGGGCCUCCGCGCCGCCACCGCCGCGGCCAUCGGCGUCCUCCUCGCAACGUGCUCGGCAGUUUCCGGAGGAUACGUAGCAACGCCAGAUGACACCCCCGUUGUGCACAGUUUACAAGGCGAUGUUGUGGGCGUCAAGAAGAGCACCGAGGCCGGCACCAAGUACAUGGGCUUCUACGGCAUCCCCUACGCCAAGCCGCCGACUGGGGAGCUUCGCUUCAAGGCCCCGCAGCCCGCCGAGAGUUGGGAGGGCGUGCGGACGGCGCGGGAGGAGGGGAACAUCUGCCCGCAGCCCACGUCGCCGAUGAAAGCAUUCAGUCACGUGGCGCAGAAGAUGAGCGGCGUGGUGAAGCAGCUGGCUGGACUGCCGAACGUCCCUCGCUUCGCGGCCAAGCACAUGCUGGGCAUGGGCGAGGACUGCCUCUACCUGAACGUGUACACUCCCGUGGAGGCCCUGCCGCCUGACUCGUUGCUGCCGGUGCUGGUGUUCUUCCACGGCGGCGGCUACUCGCUGGGCAAUGCGGACUCCCUGUUCUACGGGCCGGACUUCCUCAUGGACAGGGGCGGGCUGGUGCUGGUCACCCUCAACUACAGGCUGGGCCCGCUGGGCUUCCUGGCCACCAACACGACGGACGCGCCGGGGAACGCGGGCCUGAAGGACCAGCGGCAGGCGCUGCGCUGGGUGCGCGACAACAUCAAGGCGUUCGGCGGCGACGCGGACAAGGUGACGAUCUACGGGGAGUCGGCCGGCUCCCACUCGGUGCACAUGCACGUGCUGUCCCCCAGCUGCAAGGGUCUGUUCCGCGCGGCCAUCCUCUCCAGCAGCAUGGUCCCCGACCCGUACGGCGUGCAGAGGAACCCCAACGACAUCAGCAAACGCGUGGCCGCGGUGCUGGAGCCGUCCGAACCGGAGGCCGUCGAGGACCCCGUCAAGCGCAUCGCGUUCCUGCGCAGCGUCCCCGUCAAGGCCCUCUACGCCAAGAUGAUGAGCGCUAUGACGGAAAAGGACAUUCGGUCCAUCUCCGUGUCGCUGCCCUGGGCCCCCGUGGUGGAGCCCCCCGGCAGUGAGGACCCCUUCCUCACGCGAAACCCCGACGACAUCCUGGCGGAGGGAGACUUCGCCCGCGUGCCCAUGAUGAUCGGCUCCAACUCCGCUGAGGGCACUCUCGUGGUUCCACUUUUGAACGAUGAUAUUCUGAGGAACAUCUCGGUGAACCCCGUCCGCAUGGUGCCGGACAUCAUGUACGACAAGCUGGACGAGGACGCGAGGCAGGAGUGGGCGAAGAAGAUCAUGGACAUGUACUUCAAAGGCAAACCCUUGGACGAGGAGGCCACCGCGCCCUUCAUUGACGCUGCGGGUGACGAACUUCUCGGCCACGGGAUACACGUCGGGACGCGCUGGCACGUCAAACACGCCACACCGGAGGCACCCGUCUACCGGUACAUUUUCACGCUGGACGCGUUUGGAGUGGUGUCUUUCUUCCUCGGAGCAGCCAAGUACAUCCCAGGUGCGGCAGGCCACGGCGAUGACUUGGGCUACGUGUUCAAACUGCACCUGCUGACGGGCCUGGAGGUCCCCGAGCGGGAGCGCGUCCGCAAAGGCACCGAGCGAAUGACGCAGCUGAUCAAGAACUUCGUGGUAGCGGGGAACCCCACCCCUGGCGGCGCUGCCAACACGGACGUCAUCGGCGUGGAUUGGCCGGCCUGGUCGGUCGGCGCGGAGCGAUAUCUCGAGAUAGGCGACGAGCUAAUCGUCAAGGAGGGCGUUCCGCUGGCCGAGAGGAUGGCAUUCUGGGACCAGGCCGCCAAGCAAGUCAUCAGGGAACCCGUCUACGACAUGUGAUUGUGGUCCUCGAAACACAGAUUGUUGAAAAAAUAAAGGAAAACCGGGCCGAGGUAUGAGGAA